UACUCCACCUAUCGCAUAAUGGACACAUAGUUCAAUUUGGGGCAAUUUUUUUGAUGCCAGAUCUUUUUUGCCCUUGCGAUUUUUUGAAUCCUUUCCUCUCCUUUUAAACUCGACAGGUCCUAAACAUCGCGACACCCUCGACCACCAAACAAGAGGGCCUUCGUCGCUCAUUGCAUCUACUUUUUCCCCUUCUAUCUUCCUUUUUCAUUUUCUAUUGUAUUCUCCAACACUUUUUUCACGAUGAGUAGCUUGCGGUUCCUCGAUCUCGUCAAGCCCUUCGUGGCAUUCUUGCCCGAAGUUCAGCAGCCCGAGACCAAGGUUCCUUUCAACCAAAAGUUGAUGUGGACUGGUCUGACACUGUUGAUCUUCUUGGUCAUGAGUCAGAUGCCUCUUUACGGUAUCGUGUCCUCUGACACUUCGGAUCCUCUAUACUGGUUGAGAAUGAUGAUGGCGAGUAAUCGUGGAACGCUGAUGGAAUUGGGUAUUACCCCAAUUAUCUCGUCUGGCAUGGUAUUCCAACUUCUCGCUGGCACCCACAUGAUUGACGUCAACCUCGACCUCAAAUCCGAUCGCGAACUCUACCAAACUGCCCAGAAGCUCUUUGCUUUCAUUCUUUCCGCCGGUACCGCGACUGUCUAUGUCUUCACUGGUCUCUACGGCCCCCCCUCCGACCUGGGCGCCGGUAUCGUCUUCCUCCUCAUCCUCCAACUUGUCGUGGCUGGUAUGAUUGUCAUUCUUCUCGAUGAGCUUCUCCAGAAAGGGUACGGCCUUGGAAGUGGUAUUUCCCUUUUCAUCGCUACCAACAUCUGCGAGUCUAUCAUGUGGAAGGCAUUCUCUCCUACCUCGAUCAACACUGGUCGUGGCCCUGAGUUUGAAGGCGCCGUCAUUGCUUUGUUCCACUUGUUGAUGACGUGGCCCAACAAGCAGCGUGCUCUGCAAGAAGCUUUCUAUCGGCAGAACCUCCCCAACAUCAUGAACCUCCUAGCCACUCUGGCCGUCUUUGCCGCCGUUAUCUACCUCCAAGGCUUCCGUGUCGAGAUCCCCGUCAAAUCUUCUCGCCAGCGAGGUGCUCGAGGCUCCUACCCCGUCCGUCUCUUCUACACCUCCAACAUGCCCAUCAUGUUGCAGUCUGCUCUCUCGUCCAACAUCUUCCUUAUCAGCCAGAUGUUGUACUCUCGCUUCUCCGAGAACCUUUUGGUCCGCAUGUUCGGUGUUUGGGAAGCAAGAGAAGGUUCUGCCCAGCUCUCUGCUAUUUCCGGCCUUGUUUACUACAUGUCUCCCCCGCUCAACUUCCGGGAUGCCGUUCUCGACCCUAUCCAUACUGCCGUAUACAUCGCUUACAUGCUCAGCGCGUGUGCCAUUUUCUCUAAGACUUGGAUUGAAGUGUCUGGUUCCAGCCCUCGUGACGUUGCCAAGCAGUUGAAGGACCAAGGCCUUGUCAUGGCUGGUCACCGUGAUCAGAGUAUGUACAAAGAACUGAAGCGUAUCAUUCCUACCGCUGCCGCUUUCGGUGGUGCUUGCAUUGGUGCGCUGUCGGUUGCCAGUGAUCUCAUGGGAGCUCUUGGCUCUGGCACUGGUACUCUUCUUGCCGUCACAAUCAUCUACGGCUACUUUGAAAUCGCCGCGAAGGAAGGCGAUCUUGCAGGAAUGAAAGGAAUGAUCAUGGGAUAAGCCCUAUGUUCUGGUCCUAUUUCUUUACAAGCCGCCACGUCGGCGCAAGACCACAGAUAAUGCAAUUGUUUCACGCUGUGUGUAAUACCUAGGGAAAAUUAAAAAGUCAUGAGUGUUUCCACAAAAAGCGGCGAAGCUAUAAAAAUGCAUAAACGGGCGGUCUGCGGUCUGCGGUCAUUCGGGUUGGGGGGAGUCUUUUUUCUCAACGGAAUCCCACGGCUAAGAGUGUAAUAGUUAACGUAUCAUUAUUAGUGAUGAAGAAUAUAUAAUGUACACCAUA